AUGCCAACAUUUUCCGAGAUCUUGUGUCGGACAAUCUACACUCUUGGAGCCGCGAACAUCAAAGCUUCUGGUCGCAAGACUCCUCAACCUACCCCUACCAUUCUCAGUCUCCCCCAAACCCCCGACCAUGUCAUUGGCACCGCACAACGACUUGCACGUCUGCGGCAGCAAUGCCUUACUCGCGACCGGUACCGAUGUGUCAUAUCUCGCAAGUUCGACCUCACCGAAGCGAAGGCGCGCUGGCAAAGAGAUGGUGAUGAUUCAAAAGAUGACGAAGGGAUUUUGCUCAAAAAUGAAAGACCCGAAUAUCUGGAAGUCGCGCAUAUACUUCCUCACUCUCUCACGUCACUCUCGAGCGACGCUGGGGAUUUACAAUUAAGCGAGUCAAAAAGAAUUGCUCUUCAGAUAUUGAAAAUGUUCGAUCCUGAUGCUGGUCACCUUAUUGAGGGACCUGAUAUCGAUAGAUCUAUCAACGCAAUCGUACAGACACAUCAUUGGCACCAAGAAUUGGGGGAUUUUGCGGUAUCAUUUCAACCAACGCUCGAUCAGUCUCCACACUCCUACAAGAUCGACUACAUUGAUCCCAACCGACCUUUCCGUGAUCCUUUGCUCCCUAUUAAUCGUCAACUCUAUACCACACCAACAAAGACCAUCGAUCCUCCCUCUCCUCGGCUUCUAGCCAUUCAUCAUGCUGUGGCGCGUAUUCUCCAUCUUAGCGGCGCCGGGGACUAUAUUGAUCACAUCAUCCAAGAGAUGGAAGAGGUGGCCAUAAAGGAAAACGGAUCUACCGCACUUGGGCACUACGUCCGCCUGAAGAUCGAUGGUUGGUUGGACGGAAUUCCAGUUUGUUGA